GUCACUUCCUUCCCGAGAGCCUUGAGCCGGCGCGCGCAGAGCUCUGCUCAGCUCCCGCAGCUUUUUCCUCAGAACUCUUUUUCCGUCUCCUCCCGUGUCUUUCGUGCCGCUGAAAAGCCGAAGAGAAGCCCGGUCCUGUGUGAAUCAGAGUUGGGAAGUCCCUCCGUUGCCUCCGUCUCCUCUUUCGCCGUCGCCACUGCAGUCGCCGCCGCCACCGCCGCAGUCGCCGCCGCCGCCGCCGCCGCCGCCAUGGUGAACGUGCCCAAGACCCGGCGCACCUACUGCAAGAAGUGCGGCAAGCACCAGCCCCACAAAGUGACGCAGUACAAGAAGGGCAAGGACUCUCUGUACGCGCAGGGCAAGCGCCGCUACGACCGCAAGCAGAGCGGCUAUGGCGGCCAGACCAAGCCCAUCUUCCGCAAGAAGGCCAAGACCACCAAGAAGAUCGUGCUGAGACUCGAGUGCGUGGAGCCCAACUGCAGGUCCAAGAGGAUGCUGGCUAUCAAGCGCUGCAAGCAUUUCGAGCUGGGAGGAGACAAGAAGAGAAAGGGACAAGUGAUCCAGUUCUGAGCUGUUUCCAGUGCGCCCUCGGCUUCGGGAGAGAAACGAUUAAAAUAUUGAAGUUCCAGCA